AUGUCGGAAGUUGGUUUCUCCGAGUUCAAGCCCUUGCUCGACCAAAGCGUCGGAUAUGGCGUCGUCGUCGGCGUCGGCUUCUUCUUCGCCGUGCUAAUGCUUCUACUGACAACCUUGCAAAAGAAGUUUUCCAACUUCUCGCCUUCUUCAUCGGAGGAAUUUACAAGCGCCUCAAGAAGCGUUAAACACGGCCUCGUAUGCUGUGGCAUUGUCAGUGCAUGGACAUGGAGUGCAACUCUCCUCCAGUCUAGUACAGGCGCUUACACCAUUGGCGUGGCUGCACCGUGGUGGUAUGCCGUUGGUGGCACAGUCGUGAUGGCGUCGUUCGCUAUGGUUGCGGCGAAGGUCAAAAUGAACGCCAAUGGUGCCCACACCUUUCUCGAGAUUGCUAAAAUACGGUUUGGAACUGUUAUUCACUCCUUUUCACCUUCUACGCAUUCGUGA